AUGGACGAACAAUUUGGAUUUGUUCCUCAACAACAACAACAACAACAACAACAACAACAACAAUUCAAAGCUCAAUUACUACGUACUCAGGAAAAUACUGGGUUUCUAGAUAUAGGGCCUAAUAACAAUAUGAACCCAAUAACCAAACCUAUUUCAAUAAACAAUCAAACUUUUAGACCUGGCUUUAAUGCUACGACUGUUCUUAACAACAACAGUAACAAUACCACCAAAAAUGCAACUUAUUCAACUGACAGUAAUCCAAUCCUACUAGGACUAAGCGAAUUGAGAGAUUUUGUAUUAUAUCUAAAUGCAUGUAAAUCAUAUUCUGAUGCGGAUUUAUUUUAUGUUCAUAAAGGGUCAUCCCACUCUCCUAACCAACAACAUCAUGUUUCUCAUUCAUUGUCACCUAAACAACAGCAUGACCAUCAAAACAAACAGAAUCAACAAUGUAUAAAUGACUCCAUCCAGCAGUUUCAAUUGUUACGCCAAUUUUUACAAAGUUACGGAACUAUUCCACCGAGUUUUUUAUCUAAUAGCUCUGAAAAGACGAAUUUAUCACUUCUAAAGGAAACAGUUAUCCAAAGGCAAAGUACCAAUGGUACUAAUCCUAACAAUAGCUACCUUUUCUUAGGAAACAAUGAGGCGGGAUUUGCUCGACAACAACCGUUAACAUUUGGUGUUAAUGGUGCUAAUAACACCAUAAAUAACAAUAGUAAUGCUCAGGUAUUAACUUCGCCUCUUCAACAGCACCAAAACAUGGGAUUGGUAUUUCCAAAUGGGCAGCCACAGGGCCCAAUAUUACCACCUGGUAUAUCACGUAAUACUAAUGGCAAUGCUGUAGCCAUCAACGCUACAACUGCCAAUGUUAAUAUAAACAAUGCCAAUUCUUCCGUCAAUGAUAUUAACGAUAACAGCACUAACGCUAGAAGAAUAUUUGGAAUAUCAAACAAUAAUAACAAUGGCAAUAACACCGGACUAUAUUUUAACGCAAACACGACAACUGGAGUUACUAAUAAUGGCAAUGCUACGAUGUUAAACAAUGUUACUCCUAAUAAUGGUUUAAUAGGUAAUGCCAAUAGUAAUAUCCCUCAACAACAAACCGUUAGGUUUUUCAAUAGCAAUAAUAAUAGCGCCAACACUGGUAGUAGCAACAAAAAUGUCAAUGCUAAUGCCAAUACUGGCACUACCAAUCCUACAAUGAAUGUUUCUACCACAAAUAACAAUGUAGGUGUUUUAAUGGGAAUACCAACUAAUUUAGAAAUUAAUAAUACUAACAGUGCUGUAAAUGGGUAUAACAAUGCAUAUUAUACUCAACAACAACAACAACAACAACAACAACAACAACAACAACAACAACAACCUAUGAAACAUUGGUAA